UUUUAUUUACCCUUCAAACAGGAAAAGCAACUCUCAGCGCAGGUCCUUUACAGAUUUUCUACACCAAGCUUAUCUCCGAGCACAGCAGCACUGGGCACACUGCUGCAGGUGAGGCUCUGCCUUCCGGCUUCAGGUUGGGCUCCAGGACGGACCACACCAUGCUGUGACCUCAAAUUUGGACGGGUGACGCAGGACCAGUGACAGCCCCUCGCUGUGUUCCCCCAGCAUGCGGGUGACAGGCAUGAUCCGGAUCCUGGUGCCGCUGGCCACACUGCUGAGCUUCUGGUUCAUCAUACAGACAUACUUUGAGCACAGAGGGAGAGCCAUCAGCCUGCGGAGCUGGUUGGGUUCCACCAGAAAGCCCAUGAGUAGCCCACCACAGCCCCGCCACAAAUGUGAGAACAAGAAGGACUGCCCCACCGACCACUUCGCCUUCCGGAUCAUCAGCGGUGCCGCCAACGUGGUGGGACCUUCCAUCUGCUUCGAGGACAGGAUCCUCAUGAGCACCAUGAAGAACAACAUUGGCAGAGGGCUGAACAUAGCGCUGGUGAACGGAAAGAGCGGGCAGCUCCUGAAGGUGGGCUCCUUCGACAUGUACUCUGGAGAUGUUACAAAGCUGGAGACCUUUCUCGAAGAUAUCAAGGAUGGCACCAUCAUGCUGGCAGCCACCUAUGACGAUGCCGCCACAAAGAUGAACAACAAAGUACGGGCACUUUUUUCAGCACUGGGCAGCAGACACGUGAACCAGCUGGGCUUUCGAGACAACUGGGUCUUCUUAGGGGCGAAGUGGAUGAAAGACAAGAGCCCCUUUGAGGAGCACAUCAAAAAUGACCAGAAAACAAAUAAAUAUGAUGGUUGGCCAGAGCUGCUGGAGAUGGAAGGCUGUGCCCCCAGGAAGCAAGAUUAGAAGGGACACUCUGGCAGCACACCUGCAUGGAGCCCAAGCCAGGUCUAUGUGGACACCAACCCCCCUGGACCGAGCAAGCCCCCGGCCCAGCCACACGAGGCUGGUGGUGGCUGCUGGCUCCCAGAGACCGGCAUUCUGCUGUGGGGACACGUGGUGCUCAGAGCAGCUGCAUCAUGCAGGUGAGCAAGCACCCAGCCAGGCUCCAGCCAAGCUGCCCUAGUCCAUGGCUAUGUGUUGAUGUGGGGCAUUUUAUUUUUUUAUCUUCAAACCAAGCAUUUUGUGAUAAGUUUUCUAGUUGUUUCUUAAAUAAUAUACCUAAUUAUAAAGCAA